CGCUCCUGCGCGGCCCGAGUCAGCUGACGAACCAAAACAAAGCGCUUCUUCCUCGUCCGAGCAUGAAGUCAGCAUAAACAAGAUGGUGCAGUGCCAGACUCGAAAGACGAAGAAGUCGUCGGAAGUCCUUUUUGACGAUGACUUGAGCCCAGGAAUAAACGUUUCUCGAGAUCAAGUGAAAAUAACAAAGACAGCCAUAACCGUUGUUGCAGGAUGGAUGCUGUUUGCAUGCAUGUUGACCAUCCUCAUCUGGGGCCUGCCUAAUUUCGAGUGCGGUCUCUCCUUUUCUCCCUUUGCCAUCUCCGUCAAGAAUUUAAAGUAUGUUGAUCCUCACAGUGAAGGAGACUUGCUGAAGGCUAAGGAAUACCAAGACUGGGUAAGGAACUGGCAGUAUGGGAAUAACAUUUCCUUUAGGAAGGAAUGCGGGGAAGAAUGCUUAGAUGGCAACGCUAGCAAGGAAGAGAAUCCCUUGUUGCCUCUUGAGGAGCCUAAGAAAGUGGAAGGGAGCUUCUGUGUUGACAUUCCUUUGGAGAUGAGGUUUGACUGUCACCCUGAUGGCAGCCCAAGUGAAUCGUCAUGUGUGAAGCGUGGAUGCUGUUGGCACGAGCUCCAAGAAAGCGAAAGGUAUCCAUUUCCUGCCCCACGCUUGCACCGACCGACACAUGGCAAAGCCCUGGAAGACUUGCCGCUAAACAUUCCUUACUGCUUUUACCCAAGAGACUAUGUAGGUUACUCUGUAGUCAAUUUCACCUCCGAGGAACAUGGCUAUACAGGCUUCCUGGAAAGGAGUGUUGCCAGUGUUUUCCCCAAAGACUCUCCACUUCUCCAGAUGGAUGUUUACUUUGAGACCGACACUCGCCUGAGAGUUAGGAUCACAGAUCCCUUCCAGUUGAGAUGGGAGACUCCAGUGCCCAUUGUGCCACAGGUGAACAAGAGUGCCAGCAAUCCCUCCUACAGUUUCCAUGUCCGCAAUGAGGAUGGUGCCUUUACUGUUGUGAGAAAGAGCUCGGGUGUUCCCAUUUUCGACACGAGAGGUGCAGCACCACUGACCUUUGCCGACCAAUUCAUACAGUUGUCAUCUAUGCUACCCUCGAAUUACAUCUAUGGCUUGGGUGAACACUUGGAGGGACUCUUGCUGGACACAUACUGGAAGCGUCAUGUUCUCUGGAACUUGGACCAGAUACCUGAACCGGGAAAAAAUAUGUAUGGAAGCCAUCCUUUCUACCUAUCUUUAGAACCAGAUGGUAACACACACGGUAUUUUCCUUCUCAACAGCAAUGCCAUGGACGUUGUUCUCCAGCCCACACCAGCACUCACAUUCAGAGUUAUUGGAGGCCUCAUUGACUUGUAUAUCUUCCUGGGGCCGACACCAAACGAGGUGAUAAGCCAAUACACUGAGGUGAUUGGCCGACCCUUCCUGCCCCCUUACUGGUCGUUGGGCUACCACCAGUGCAGGUACGGCUAUGAAACACUUAAUAGGACAAGGGACGUUUGGCAGAGAACACGAAAGGCUGGAAUCCCAUUUGUGAGUGCGUGGAAUGACAUUGACUACAUGAAACACAACAAUGACUUCACAUAUGACCAGAACAACUAUAAUGGGCUUCCUGACUUUGUCGAGGAGCUUCAUAGGGAGGGUAUGCACUAUGUACCUAUAAUUGACCCGGGCAUCAGUGCAGCGGAGCAGCCCCAUACUUAUCCACCAUGGGAUGAAGGGGUCCAUUUGCGUGUUUUUGUUCGCAAUUCAAGUAAUAUGCCUUUUGUGGGCAAGGUGUGGAAUCCUGUUGCGACAUCGUGGCCUGAUUUCACCCACCCGAAGGCGACUUAUUACUGGAGUCGACAGAUCUUGCGUUAUCACAGCAGUGUCCCUGUAGAUGGUGCCUGGAUUGAUAUGAACGAGCCCUCCAACUUCUUAUCUGGUAGUACCGAUGGCUGUGAGGAGAACAACCUAGAACACCCGCCCUUCCUGCCAGCUGUUCAUGGAGGCAUUCUCUAUUAUCACACAAUAUGCAUGUCCGGAAGGCAUUUUGUUGGGCGUCAUUACAAUGUGCAUAACCUGUAUGGAAUCACAGAGACUAUUUCUACUAACAUGGCCCUUCAGAUUGUAAGAGGUAAACGUCCAUUUGUCAUUUCCCGAUCAACAUUCCCGGGACAAGGGCAUUAUGGUGGACACUGGACCGGCGACGUUUGGUCUGAUUGGUUUAACCUCUGGCAGUCUAUUGCAGGUAUUCUGAAUUUCAACAUGUAUGGUAUCCCUAUGGUGGGUGCUGAUAUAUGUGGCUUUAAUGGCAACACUACUGCGAGCCUUUGCCUUAGGUGGAUGCAACUUGGUGCCUUUUACCCAUUCUCGAGAAAUCACAAUACAGAUGAUGCCAUUGAUCAAGACCCCGUGGCAAUGGGACCGGAAGUAGUGACUGCUUCUCGAAAUGCCCUGACUCAGCGGUACAUGCUACUGCCGUACCUCUACUCUCUCUUCUUCAAUGCGCAUCUUACGGGUGAACCGGUUGCCAGACCACUUUUCUUCCAGUUUUACAAGGAACUUGAAACCUACAGCAUUGAUACUCAGUUUAUGUGGGGCCCAGCACUUAUGAUUGUGCCAGUGCUAAAGGAGAUGGAUCAGUAUGGAAAUCGCAAGAUGAAAAGAGGUCUUCUGGUUGCACCCAAUGAAAACGGCCGAGCGUCCGGAGAGUUCUAUUGGGACGAUGGUGAUAGUCUUGAUACUGUUAAGCACAAGGAGUACACGUACAUACAGUUUAUAUCCGGUCCUGGUAUCCUCAAUGUAAAUGUCAAUCGCACCACCGCUGGUUAUACAGAACCCAUCUCAUUAGGUUACAUAUACAUUCUGGGUCUGAGUGACAGUGUAUCCGAGGUGACGGUGGAUGGUGCCAAGGCGUCGUUUGAGUAUGACCCGGAGAAUCAAUUUCUGACCGUAGAUGGAUUCUCGCAGAGCCUAUUGAAGAGCUUUAUCGUGAGAUGGAAGUAAAAAUAACACAAAGAAUUGGGCUUCCUGUGUAAGUCAGCCGUGCCAUGAGUGAUGCAGUAUGUAAUGUAGGUUCAUCUUGAAGCAGAUUAAGAUAUAUAUAUAUAUUUUGUUUUUAAAGUAAGAGGUACUGUGAAGAGAUCAUUGUCUUGCCCCAUUGAUUGUACCGGUAUGUGUGAUAGUUUUAUGAAUGGGUGAACUAUUAAUGUAAAGGAAAAAGUCAGAUGAAAUGACACGAAAAAAGAAAAAUGAAAUGUGACCAAAUAUUAUUAUUAUUCUUUUUUAAUGGUAGGCCAUAUAGGAUUAAAAUUAGCAGGCGAACUGUUGUUAGUAAAGUGCCCUCACAGCAAACAUUAUCAAUUCUUUUGAGGUUUAUUACCAAAGUUUAGGGUAUUGUUAUUGUACUCUUGAUGUAAAUGAGUUGUGAAAUGUGCAAUUUUUUUUUUCUAAACAGGAGAUAUAAUGUGUGACCUGAAUGGUAGGGAAUGUUCCAAGAAGGUACCAUGUGUAUUCGCACAAAUACUAUGACACCAGCACACAAAAAUGACAAUCCUAUGAAUCAUGUUGCAAUAAGAUAAGAUUGAGAGUGAGAAAAGUUGUUUACUUAAUAAUCCACAUUAUUAGCUUAAGAAAGUUUUGCUUCCAUUGCUUACAGGGGCUAACAUUUAAGGUGCAUGCCAGUAACAGUAUAUAGAUACAUAUAUAUAAUUAAAGACCUAGCUUGCAAAAUGUGGUAUUAGGGUUAUAGGUAUGCCAGCUUCCAAGACUUUUGAGAGGUUUAUCUUAGAUAAGCUUAUAUGUGUAUACUAGGUGAUAUAAUAAAUCAAGUCAAGUCUUUUUGCCCUCUAGUUCUCGUGUUAUAUAGAACACAUAUUUUUUUCCCAUGUUAGUUCUCAUGAGAGUCUGAUUUGUGAGUAAAAUUGUGCAAAGUUUAGCAAUCUUGCAUAUGAGUUUUUUUUCUUUGUAUUUGCGAUUUUUGGUUGGUUCAUAAUUAGUUGCUUGAAAUACUCUUUUAUGACCGUUAAUGUCAGUAAGUUUGAUUUCAUAAUUCUUUCAUAAUAGUUCAUAAUAAGAAUGCUCUAAAUAUUUUGCUCAUACUUAGACUGAAAAGAUCAUCUACUUAUUGUUUUCAAGGAUAAUAAGGGCAAGUAUAUCUCACACGCACACAUACGUACAUGCACACACAAACACGCACAUGCGCACAUGCACAUACACACGCACACACGCACACACGCACACACGCACACACGCACACACGCACACACGCACACACGCACACACGCACACACGCACACACACACACACACACACACACACACACACACACACACACACACACACACACACACACACAAAUAUAUAUCUAUGCCAGCAAAUUAUUGCAUUAAUCCCUUAUAUUGUUCUUAAUGAUGCUUAGAAGUAGAUUAGGAUUUUUUCUGAAUAUAUUUAUAAGUAUAUGUAAAAUGGAAUAUACUUUGUGUAUUUUUAUCUGUUGAAGAUGGAUUGUUGUUAUUUUUCUAUGAUAGGUCUAUCAUAAGCCAAAUAUUCUUUACGUUACCCUACAACACAAAUAAAUUCUAUUUAUGGGUUAACUUAAGGAAAAUUAAAAGUAUAAGGUGUAUUUAUGUUUUACACUGAAGUAAAUGUAAAAUUAUUUCAUUAAUAUAUAGAAUAAAAGGUU